AUGUCCAUUACCGCUCUAAGCCGGAGCAGUCAUAUUAAUUAUCUCGGGGAUGUGGUGGUCCCUCCAGUCUUCCUUUGUCCUCCAGCUUCCAGGUCGCAAGCCUUGCUUAGUUCCAGCCCCCACUUAGUUAUCCUUCUUGCGGGUGAAGUGGAAAGGGAAAAGAAGAACACGUACGAUAAAUGUAUCCCUUUCCUAAAAGAGAAAUUCCGUGAGACCUUCGGAGAGAGAGAGUUCACCGUGAGAGGCCUCUGGUUUGGGUCUCGCGGAACUAUCCCAAAAAGAACAAGGAGCUUCCUCGAGGAACUAGUAGAUAACUUCCCUGAAAGUAGUUCCAAUGAAGGAAAAAUCCUCGAUCUGGACGAAAAUAAAUGUCGGCUAUUCAAGCUCGUUAGAAAUAAGGAAGUCCAUCGGCCUGGAAAACGAGAAAAGCAGGAUGGACACUUUCCAAGUUGGGAGCUGGAGGAAGUUGCGGCAAGUAGAGACGGAAAGUGUACGGUGUUGAUGGUGCAUUAG